GGAAUUAAUCUUCCAACAAUUGAAGUUCGAUUCCAGCAUUUAAAUGUUGAAGCAGAAGCUUACGUGGGAAGUAGAGCUUUGCCAACAUUCAUCAAUUUCAUUGCAAACAUAAUGGAGGGGUUCUUGAAUUACGUCCAUGUUGUUCCGAGUAGAAAGAAACACUUGACCAUCCUCAAAGAUGUCAAUGGAAUUAUCAAACCACGCAGAAUGACAUUGCUUUUGGGUCCUCCAAGUUCUGGAAAGACAACUCUCCUAUUGGCUUUGGCAGGAAGGCUUGAUCCUGAUCUAAAGGUAAGUGUUAAAGUUGAAUUUGAAAUUGACAUUUUGGUUGAAUUAUCAAGAAGAGAGAAAGCAUCGAACAUCAAACCUGAUCCUGACAUUGAUGUCUUCAUGAAGGCAAUAGCAGCAGAAGGCCAGGAAACCAACGUAAUGACAGAUUAUGUUCUAAAGAUUUUAGGACUGGAAGUAUGUGCAGAUACAGUUGUAGGGGAUGCAAUGUUAAGAGGCAUCUCGGGAGGACAAAGGAAACGUGUUACAACGGGGGAGAUGUUGGUUGGACCAGCAAAGGUUUUGUUUAUGGAUGAGAUAUCUACUGGAUUGGACAGUUCAACAACUUUCCAAGUUGUCAACUCGAUCAAGCAAUAUGUUAAAAUUCUUAAUGGAACUGCAGUCAUAUCUCUUCUACAGCCAGCGCCUGAGACUUAUGAUCUUUUUGAUGACAUUAUCCUCCUCUCUGAAGGCCAGAUUGUAUACCAUGGUCCUCGUGAACAGGUGCUGUACUUCUUUGAAUCCAUGGGCUUCCAGUGCCCUGAAAGAAAAGGUGUUGCAGACUUUUUGCAAGAAGUGACAUCAAAAAAAGAUCAGAUGCAGUAUUGGGUACGAAAAGAUGAGCCUUACAGGUUUAUCACAUCAGAGGAGUUUGCUGAGGCAUUCCAAUCAUUUCGAGUGGGAAUGGAACUUGGUGAUGAGCUUGCAACCCCAUUUGACAAGAGCAAGAGCCACCCGGCUGCUUUGGCAACCAGAAAAUAUGGUGUUAGCCGAAUAGAGUUGUUGAAGGCUACAAUGUCAAGAGAAUUCCUUCUCAUGAAGAGAAACUCUUUUGUCUACAUCUUCAAGAUCAUCCAACAAAGAGACAUGUUGUUCUAUCCUUCAUGGGCAUAUGCUUUACCGGCAUGGAUUCUCAAGAUUCCUAUCUCACUUGUAGAAGUUGCCAUUUGGGUAUUUAUAACCUAUUAUGUCAUCGGAUUUGAUCCUGAUGUUGGGAGGCUGUUUAAGCAGUACAUUCUUCUUGUGGCAGUCAACCAGAUGGCUGGAGGAUUAUUCCGAUUCAUUGGAGCAGCGGGUAGAAACAUGAUUAUUGCUAAUACUUUUGGAGCAUUCGCUUUGCUAACACUAUUUGCAUUAGGUGGUUUUGUCCUGUCACGAGAUCAAAUCAAGAAAUGGUGGAUCUGGGGUUAUUGGAUUUCACCUCUGAUGUAUGGACAGAAUGCUAUAGUGGUGAAUGAGUUUCUUGGGAGGAGUUGGAGACAUGUUCUUCCAAACUCAACAGAACCUCUUGGCAUUGAAGUUCUAAAGUCUCGUGGAUUCUUUACUGAGGCAUAUUGGUAUUGGCUAGGAUUUGGAGCAUUGCUUGGAUUUACACUGUUAUUGAACCUUUUCUUUACACUCGCUCUUGCCAUUCUCAACCCAUUUGAGAAGCCUCGGGCUGUUAUACAAGAUGAACAACAAGGCUUUGAACAAACUGAGGAAACUAGUGGAGCUAUCCAGUUAUCAACCUAUGGAAAUAGCUCCAGUUACAAAGCUGAAGCUGGUGCAGAACAAAUUAGAAGAAGCACAUCAUCCAAGUCCUCAUCCAUGUCGGAGGCAGCUUUUGAGGCCAUCCAUACAAAGAAAAGAGGAAUGGUUCUCCCUUUUGAGCCACAUUCAAUCACCUUCGAUGAAAUCACAUAUUCUGUUGACAUGCCACAGGUAAAAAAAAUUUUCACAUAAUAGUAGUUACAACUAGUUAGAUUCUGAUCUAAUUCUUGAGGGUCCACUUGGUUGAAUUGAACUUUGUAGGAUUUGAAAGAGCAAGGAGUUGAUGAAGAUAGAUUGGUGCUGUUGAAGGGUGUGAGUGGUGCAUUUAGACCUGGAGUUCU